GACAAGGCCUGGUGAGGUGUACAUGUACAUGUGUCGUUGUGUUUUUGGCUAUUUCUUAUUCUAAGAGCUGUUGAUUUACUUUUUUGUUUAGUAUUUCGAUUGGUGUUGGUUUUAGUAGUUAUAAAUCCGUAAUUCAACAGUACAACUACUAGUAUUACAAGAUAAAAAGGAAAAUUUAAUUGUUUAAAUAAAACAAGAUACUUGUAUUAUCACAAUCUUCUUUAGUACAUGGGCAUAAUAUUUGUAACUACUGAGCUUGUACUCAAUAAACACUUCCACGCUGACAUUGGCGAAUAAUCAAAAACCGCCAUAAAAAAGAAAGAAGAAGAAGAAGAAUUCAAUAAUCAAUUUUAAUAAAGCUAUAGAAAACAGCAAUGGCCUUUAGUGAAGGUGAAAUUUGUAGAAUUUGUUUAAGCGUUAAUAUACGCAUGUUUGCACUAAAGGAGACUGGCCUCCAAAAUUUGUAUAAGACAUUGACGAACAGUUUUUUGGAUGAGAUUGAGGGGCCAAUAAUUGUCUGUUUCACCUGUCAUGCAAGACUCAUUCGUUGCAGAAGAUUACAACAACAGGCUAUUGAGUCAAAUGUGGUUCUGGAGCAGUUGCUUUCAGGAGGAUCCAUGGUAUUAUCCAUUCCAUCCAUUAAAACCUAUAAAAGUCCACUGCUGAACAUAGGUCUCACUCAUAGAUUGCUUCAUAGGAGGGAUUUUGCCAAAUUUGCCACACUUGGCAAGUUGGCAACCAUAGUUUAUAUUAGUUGGAGUCAUUAUCAGGAAGAUGCGGCAGCCCUACCUCUGUUUCUGUUUCCUUCUGUUGCCUCUUACGACACCCAUCCCAUGGAUAGGUAUAUAGGAUAGUGCAGGGGUCGGCAACCUGCGGCUCGCGAGUCACAUGCGGCUCUUUGGAUGUGAAGCUGCGGCUCUUUAGUGUCAUACGCAAAUAUUAUUUAUUUUAUAAAAAAAUUACAAAUCGAUCCAUACUCAGCCAUUUGGGGUUGAUACUGGAUCUCUAGAAAUGCAAUUGAUCGAUUUAAAAAGUAAAGCUUUGUGGAGUUGAAAAUUUACAGAGUUGAUAAGGAAGUUGAAAAAGUUGGAGGUCCAGAGAUGUACGUAACGCAACAAUAAUUUAAAAUUAAAAAUUUUGUACAGCCGACUUCAAUAUAAGUUAUUUAAGAAUAACUUAAAAACUAUUGGUCUGACCUUGAUCAAAUUCAUAUGGGACCACACGAGAAGUACCAGCUUUCAAAUAAAAAAAGAAUCAUCGAAAUCGGUUCACCCAGAAAAAAGUUCUGAGGUAACACAC